AAUCCGUUUCUUUCUGUCAUAGAAAUAUCUGUGUGCGGGCGGUCGUCAUAUUAAAGAUAAUUCGUAUGAAUUAUUAAAUGAAGGUGCUAUAAAGUGUUAAUUUUAUGUAAAAACUGUAGUUAUAAAUUGUUAAAUAAUGAUCUUGCUGGAGAUCAACAAUAGAAUUAUAGAAGAAACGUUAACAGUUAAAUAUAAAAAUGCACUGGCGCGCUUAAAGCCAGAGUCCAUAGAUGUGACGGUUGCAGAUUUUGAUGGAGUCCUUUUUCAUAUAUCCAAUGUCAAUGGAGAUAAAACCAAAGUUAGGGUUAGUAUAUCAUUGAAGUUCUACAAGCAAUUGGAAGAACAUGGAGCUGAUGAAUUGCUCAAAAGAGUUUAUGGUCCCCUGCUCACUGAAGCUGAAACAGGUUACAAUGUCUCUGUGUUAUUGGAUUUGGAGAACAUUCCUGAAGACUGGGAGACCACAGUGAAGAAAGUUGGCUUAUUAAAGAGAAACUGUUUUGCUUCUGUGUUUGAGAGAUACUUCAGGCUGCAAGAGGAUGGUGAUGUUAGCCACAAAAGAGCUGUUAUUAACUAUCGACAGGAUGAGACACUGUACGUAGAAGCCCAAGAAGAUCGAGUGACUGUAGUCUUCUCUACUGUUUUCCGGCACGAAGAUGACAUAGUAAUUGGCAAAGUGUUCAUGCAAGAGCUGAAAGAGGGUAGAAGAGCGUCACAUACUGCACCACAGGUCCUAUUUUCACACAAGGAGCCACCGCUAGAGCUGGUAGAUACAGAUGCUAAAGUAGGCGAUAACAUCAGCUAUGUUACAUUUGUGCUGUUCCCGCGACACACCUGCGAAGCGGCACGGGACAACACCAUCGAUUUGCUUCACAUGUUCCGUGAUUACCUGCAUUACCACAUCAAGUGCUCCAAGGUGUACGUUCACUCCCGUAUGCGCGCUAAGGCAGGCGAACUGCUGAAGGUGCUCAACCGUGCGAGACCACAAUCUACCACACGACCCACCGAGCGGAAAACUAUCUCAGGGAAAACAUUUGUGAGACGAGAUUGAUUGCUGUCCGCUGGCCAAUAGACGCAACAGCGUCACUCAAGUAACGCGACCAUUCCGGUACAUUUAAUUAAAACCUCUUUUAUUCUAUGAUCUCAAAUAUUUCUUCAGUAUUUAAUUGGAGAUUGCUUGAUUUCCCAGAUUGUAAUCCUAAAAGACAAUUGUCAACUGUCAACGUCAAAGUGACAUCUGAUUAUUGUCUAUGUUUAAAAAUGUAAAUUGUCUAAGUUAUUUGCGAUCUUAAUGUUAUUCCAGCUAUUUAAAACUGUAUAGAACUAAAAUCUUUAAAAUCACGGGUUAUGCAAUUUUUUAUUAAUGUAUAGUAUUGGAAUGAACGCGUUACCCAAUAAAUCCACAAUGUGCGUAUUUCGUAAUCAAUGUUAAAUUAACCAAAAAACCGAUCAGGUCACAAAAAACCGUUAUUUAUUUGUUGCAAGCUCAAUAUUCGGACAAUUUGAAAUGUGCACAUUGUUACCAAGCCUAACCUAGUGAUUGAAUGUUUCUGUAGUUCUUGUUAACAAAAUUAUGCUUUACAAGAGUUUAUUAGAGAGGUGGCACUGCGAUUGUGACUCGGGUUCCUAAUUCUUAUUGUCUGGGUACAGUCAACGUCAAAAGCGCACUCGAGCAAUUUUGGCGUUGAUUGUACACUGGCAAAUGAAAACGUUUAUUACCAGUAGUGUCCAUCGGGUUUCGUUAGCUACGUAAUUGUGUUACUCACCGAUCCAUAGCGUAUUUGGAGUAUCUCGGAACAGGUUCGACACUUGAGAUACUCAGUACAAUGUAUACCUGUUCCGUUGCUUGUAAAAAUGUAUAUCGCAGACGUAAGGUGUUGCACAAAUUCCUUGGAAUCCUUUUAUUAAAUUUGCGUAUUAGUUACAUAGGUAUGCAAUAUACGAACAAUAAUAACUUUAAUGAAAUUUGUUUUUAGGUAGGUCGCAUUCAAUUAUUAACAUGUAAGUGAAAGUGUAUAAAUAUCUCGAUAGUUUCUUCCAUAGACGAGUGACUUGGAUCAAUAUGGCCUUAUUUACCGAUUUCGAUUGUCUGGUCUCUAUAGAAUCGCUAGUUUAGGCCUUGAUCAAAUGUAUGAAAAGUGCAAUUCGAUAUUCCAUUUUGUUUAUAAUCUGUCGUUGAUAUUUUAUUAAAUUUUAUUCCAUGAAUUCAAAGUAGCGUCAUAGGUACUGGACACAUUACAGUUUUUGCACGAAUAUAGAUUGCUCAAAAACAUGUUUGAUCAUUGUAAAGGAAUAGGUUUAGAGGGCGAACGUUGGGUUGUCAGCGCGUUUAAGUAUUGAUUCAUAUCGAUUUGCAGGUGCCAUCUAGUCAAAAAUUCUCAAUUUAAGGUAAAUUUGUGCAAAAACAAACUGCGCCAAGCGGUUUAGCUAUUAUUACUAAAUUUUCUUGGGUUUUAAAAUUAUAUUCACGUCUCCCCACCAAAUAAAAUAUGUCCAAGUUACGUGCCAAGACUAGAAGCUCUACCAUGAGUUUGACAAAGUAUCAAUCGCUGACGUAAUACGCGUGUCAAAUACUCGUACGUUUUAUGUCGCCCCUAGUUGUGCGCAACACUUAAGAAUUUUUAUACAAAUUUUGACGUCUACGUUUGCAGUUUAAACUUUUAAGAGUCGUGGUAAAGCUCAGAGAUUAAGUGAAUGAGAUACUAUGAAAUUACAAUAAUAAAAUAUUUAUAAUAUUAUCUAUGCUUACAUCAUAGCUGAUCCAAAUUCGAAAGUCAAAUAUAAUUAUUAAAUCUUAAUUUAUUACUGCUAAUUGUCAAAGCAAUUUUAGAGCGAGAACUGCUUACGAACUCCCGCCUUAAUCGAUUAUUUUCCAAACUGCCGCUGUCACCAUGACACUUGCUCCAAAUGACAAUUGACACGUUUGACAACCCAACGUAACAGCCUUUUAGGGAUAAUGUUUGAGAUUGCGGUGUUAAUAGCGACGGAGUGAAAGUUUAAGUUAUUUUGUCCAAGUGUCAGGAUAGUCAAAGAAACAGGUCUUCUAUGAGCAUAUGUAGAAACAAUUAACUAAUUAAUAUUAUGUAGCUAACUUGAAUUUUUAUGUAAUUUUUAUUUGCAAGAUGUAUUAUUUAUGUAUUAUAAUGUAAGUUAAAUAAUGUUUUAAGCUUACAUAAUGAUUUUAUUGUCAGUGCGAGAUUAUAACAGGACACUAAAGUUAUUUGUGAAUAUGUAAUUAUUCUUGUGAUCUAAAAUCCGUUUAUACCGUAUUUUUUAUUUUCUAGAUUAAAGAAAACAUCUUAAUGCA